AGGGAAAAAAAAAAAAAAAGGAACCGGGAAAAGUGUAAUUGAAGGAGUAAAGUGGAAUUUACUCUACAAUAAACAUCUCUUCUUCUUCAUUCCGUUCCAUCACUUUUAUUUUAUCAAAACAGAAAAAAUAUUUUCAUUUCGUCCACAAAAUAUAUUGGCGGGAAAACGAAGCGAAUGAAAUAAGAACAAGACCCCCAAACGCGCCUUUUGUCGUCGUUCUGUUCUAUUCCGAUGUCGCAAAUCGAAACCCUAUCUCUGAUUCACGAGAUCGAAUCUCUAAUCUCCGAUCAACUUCAAGUGGUUUCAUACAAGUGGCUGAGUCGCAAUUAUCAGAUAUCAUCUGAUGAAGCAAAGAGGUUGCUUCAUGAAUUUGUUGAAAAACAUGAGGGUGGGUUGGAAGUGGUGUAUGCUUUGUCUGGCUGGUUAAAGAGUACUCAUCGUAGUUACCACAUAAGGCUUGUUACUGGACCAAAGCUAGCAGAAGCACAGCACGACUUUGAUGGAAAUUGCUCAGUCCAGGUAUAUAGUGUGCAACCCAGCAUUCCAAAGGAUCCAGCUGUGCUUUGGAAUGCAGAAUUCAUUCAAGCAGAAGAGCUCUCCAAGCAGCCUUCCUCUGUUGAUAAUUGCUUGAGAGACAAUAGGUUCUGUGGAAUCUCUAACACUUUUGUACGAAGAAACGUGGAUGGCCAACCGGCAGUUUCUGCCACUCCACAAAUAAAAUCUGUAGUAGGUUUGGGAUCAACAAAGAGUAACGUUGUUCAACCACCUCCGAAAAACAUAGCACACAAUUCUAUUGCGAAAGUUGAUCUCAAAUCACAGAAUGUGGUGAAAGAUUUCAAGAGUGAAAGCAAUGGUACAGGGAAUGCUGUAGUUCAUGAAAACAUCAAUAAACCUACUGCAGAGAAAGAAAAGUCCCUUCUCUUGCCCACAGGAAAAAAGAAAGUUCAAGCUGAUAAAAAUGGCUCUGCUACCGGCGGUUCGUUGGCAAGCUUUUGGGGUCGUCCAUCUGCAAAACCCAAGCCAUGCUCUGUGCCAGCAGAAAAUAGCAACACGAUUUCGAAUCCUUCUGAAGCUACUGAAAAUGCCCAAACUUGUGCUAAUGAAGCAGAAGCAGACAGUGAUGAUGACAAUCAAGGUGUCCCCUUAAGAAGAUCAUCCAAUAGGAAAAGGAGGGUUGUCUUUGAUUUGUCAGAUGAAGAUGAAGAUGUCGUCAAUUUAGCAUCACCUGAGGUCCCUAGUAAACAGUUGUCUCAAGAUUCCAGACAAAAUGACAAAAACCUGUUAGAGAAAGAACCUUUGAAUUUUGAUUUGCCGGUAGAAAUUAAACCAUUGGUUAAGGAAGAGAGAGUUGAGAAAAAAGUUUUCCAACCACCAAGAGAAGAUUUAUCAGUUAUCACCAAGUGCACAACUGCUGGGAAAUCAUCUACUGAGAAGUUGCACAGUAGUGCUCCAGAAAUUUGUGUAAAAAAGGAUAGUGUAAAAAUGGCCGCUCCAGAUUCAACUAAGAGGAGAAAAGUGAUGAAGACCAGGAUUGAUGAACGAGGAAGAGAAGUGACUGAUGUAUUCUGGGAGGGGGAGGAGAUAGAGGCAAAGAAAGCUGAUAUGGUUACAGCAAAGAAGACUGAUACGGUUGCAAAGAAAGCGGACAAUAAUGGAUCUACCAAUGCUGUCAACAGUGCACCGGCAACUAAGAAGCCACCAGCUACUGGAAAAGGAGGAAGCAAGAAAGCAUUAAAUUCAAAAGAUCCCAAACAGGGCAAUCUUCUUUCAUUUUUCAAGAAAGUAUGAAACCAUCUUCCCGAAGAGUUACGUUAUUCAAGGGACUGUUCUUGCAUGAUAAUUCAUCAAUGGUGCUUUGUGAUUGUGAGGAUUUUGCAUUAUGUAGAUCUAGUUCCAUUUUAGUUUUGUGUUUCUGUGUAAUCUGUAUUCGGGAUAGUUGAAAUACCCUAAAUGUGUUAUGUACUCCUUUUCUUGUAUACAUGCAUUUGCUGAUA